AUGGAUAGUGAUUUACGUAUCGAUCUUGAACGUUCAUUUUAUCUUUUUGUAAAAGCUGCAAAUAAUGUUCUUUCAUCAAGAAAUUUUCAACCACCACAAGUUUUAUUUGCACUUAAUACUGUCAUUCGUCGUAUUGUCGAACAACUUAUUGGUCUUAUUCGAUCAGAUUUUAUUCCUGCUGUUAAUAAUAUGAUACCAUUGACACGAAAUAUUGAUUUAUUAACUAUAACACGUGUACAUAAACAAAAUAGAGCACUUGUUGAAAAAAAUCCUGAACAACUUAAUCAAUUGAUUAAAAUUGCAAGUAAUGAACGAAAUGGUAAAUCAAGGAAUCCAAAUUCAUCCAUUCCAACAUCAACAAAAAAAAGAAAAGGUAUUCAUAUCACAUCAACAUCACAUGGAAUAAAACGUCCACGUGCACUUGAUCUUGAACAAGAAGAUGAAUGA